AUGGCUUCACCUCAGUCAGAGGCCGAGCAGAAGGAAGCCUAUCAGUAUUGGGGCUACCUCUUCAAGCAAGAUAGGACCGGCACUGAUAUGCUCAAGAAUCUACUGCGAGGACUACACAAGACUAUAAUAACAACCAUCGAAGCGUCCGAGUCACCAGAUAUAACACCCUCUCAAGUCGCCCACUUCUACCGUGCAGUCAAUGGCAAUUAUGAUCCGCUCUUCCUAUCAACGCCUCCCUCGACCAUCGCGUUCAUUUACAAGAACCUCGGCUGCUUGCACAGUCUGCAACCCCUGGCCAACCUCGGAGACCGCUAUGCCGACCCUGUAGUGCCUGCUCUCAAGGUCGAAGGAUGGAUCAUGUGGCAGACUGUUCAACUCUUGCUUGGUCCGGAUGAACACUCCGAGUUCUUGCGACAAGCAGUACAAAAGUGGGAUGUCAAGAACCCGGACACUGGCGAGUCUUUCCCAAAGAUCCUUCCUCGGUCAUGUUUCCCGCCACAUGCAGACACAAGCAUGGUGGAAUGGUAUGAGGGAAUGAGCAGCCGUCUGCGUCGUGAGGCAGAAGAGCAAGAGCGCAUCCGCGUUCACCCAAUUGAGGACCGACCAGACACACCAAACAACUCCAAGCAUCACCGCAAGAUCAGCAGAUACUCUGACAACGCCCUCACCGACGACGAGUCACCCGAUCACAAGAACUUUGCAAUAGCAUACUUCCGCGACCCUCUGUUUAGGACGGUUGACGGUCGACCAAGUGUUGCCAGAAACGGGAGCCGCCGCCGACCUCCUCUCAGUCCUCGUGACUCUUUCGUCCACCGAAGCAAGACUGUUGCUUCCGCCUUCGGCAAUGUCAUCAAGAAUGUUGGCAGUCCACACCUAUGGGACGGCCAUGCUGCCGCAAAAGAAAAGGACAAGGAAAAGGACAAGGAUCACCGCCGUCGCAAGAGCUUGCCCGACAAGCACCACUACCAAGACCUCGACGAUGACGAAGACAGACCCCGCCAAUACAGUCGUCGAGGCUCCGCUCAAGAAACUCCACCCGAACAUCACCAUUCUUAUCAUACCCACCAUAACGAUACCUCAAGUCGUCGUCCAAGCCCAACGUACCAUGACCCAACCUCUCGCCAUCGUCGACCUCAUGGCCCAACGAGUCCACGAGAGUACUUUCCUCCCGUUGACGAUGAAGUCAAUAUGCAUCGUUCGAACUCUGGCACAUAUCUCAAACCUCGCUCGACGAGUCCACAAAAGUCUGGUUUCAUGCCCUCGGUGUCUCCUUUGUUCGCCACGCAUAUAGCCAGGGAAGGUCACAGGACAUCGUCUCGCUCUCGUCCACCUUCAGGUCGUAGUCCCGAGCGACCGGAAGUACCGAGACAGCCUGGCGAUGGCAGUGGAAGUGAUGUCGGUAGUAACAGAGGUUCUGCUCGAGGUGCAAGACCCAGAGUCGCGAGGUUCUCGGAGACACCUGCCGCAGGAGUGAGCAGCCGAAAGUACCCCGUCGAAUCUGCCUAUAGGUGA